AUGAGAGUUCGACGAAAGCCUGAUUCGAGCUGGUCGUCGAAUCGUCUGACUAAGUCCGACCUGCCAGUUGGGGGCCACCUUUUGUCCACGUUCAACAAGUCGAAGGCCAACAACCCAAGUGCGGACAAGCCCGAACUCGAGACCACAGCCAAGCCGGAUCCCGCGACAGACGAGGAGCCUCCCGGCUCCUUUGGGGAUUUAAACGAUGUGGAGGAGAAGCCCAAGCCUGCGCCUGACUCAGAUGAUAAACCUCUUAGUUCCAUUGGGGAGUUGAGCGACCCUCCCAGCUCCAUUGAGGAUCUGAACGAAGUCGCGAAGCCCAGGCCUGAACCCGCGACGGAUGAAGAACCAAUCAGUUCCACCGAGGAGGAUCCCAGCGAUGAUGACCUUCUCCAGAGCUUUGGCGACGAGAAGAACAAGAAGACAUUGGAGAACAAACUGGCGGACGAAGGAUAUGGAAAUCCCAAGAAAAGGAGUGCCCCCGCUUCCAGUGGCUUCGCGGACAGUGACGAUGAGCUCAGUAUCUGGCCCUCUUCUUUCCUCUCCUCGCAGGGCUCAAAGCGACACAAGACCAACACGUACCAAUCGAAACAAAAGCCGGGCGCUUAUUUGAGAGCUCCAAGCUCGAGUGCACGUUCAGGUGUGACAUCCGAAGGAUCAUCUCCCGCCAAUAAAACUCGGAAGUCCAAGGCAGGUGCGAAAAAACAACCGGCCCCGAAAACGAACGGAUCUUCUGAGGAGCCAGAUGUGGCCUUCAAGGUGCCUUUGGAGAUCAAUGCCCCGAGCCCACGGAAGCCUCGUGCCCGCAAAAAUCAGUUCAAGCUGCCCCCGACCUUCCCCACUGAAUCCAUCUCCCACUCUUCGCUCGGCACCUCGUCCUCGAAAGAUCCUCAGCCGAUGAUGUUAGACGAUGGCUCCCCUGCUUCGUCCCUGAGCACCGCCCUUAGCUCCCCGUCCUCGCCAAUCUUUGGGGGGAUAUCACGAGAGGAAGGGCUGCCUGAUGGAAGUGAUCGGCAACCAUCACCGCCACGCAAGGCACUUUGCCCGAUGUGUAAGGCGGAGGUAGAUCCAGAGAUGCUGCUACGGUUCGAAGCGCAGCCCAAGCAGCGCGUCCGAGAACAACAGCACUUCUGCGCUUCCCAUAAACAAGACAGUGCGGAGAAAGAAUGGAAAGCGCAGGGGUAUCCCGAGAUUGACUGGGACACGUUCGACGAGCGGGUCCAGCGACAUUUCUCUGGUCUUGAGAGAUUCAUGGUCCCCGACUGCUCCUCUUACUAUCGAAACAUCCUCGACAGUACGCUAAAGUCCGGGAAAGCGAAGAAUUUCCGAUUGACUUUGGCUGGGGAUGGGCUCGAAACGAUCUCCUGCGGGUAUUAUGGGACGAAGGGUGCGGGGAAGAUACUACAAGCGGUGAUUGAUCGUUACUCCUUAAAGCUGCGUCGCCUGGCUGCAUCCGACCAUAUUGUCAAAACUGCCGGUGUGGCAGGCUACGCGCAAACUGUUCUAGUACCAGAGCUGGCAGUCCAGCUUGUGAAAGAGGAUAUGGGCGUGGCGGAUGACUCGGCGCGCCAGAUCUUGCGAGAGAGCAUUGACCUCGGCGAGAAGCUCAAUCCGACGCUCGACGACGUGGUGCCUCUCCCGGCGGAAGCCGAGGACCAUCCCCGGGACUAG